AUGAUGGUAGGAAUUGAUGGGGACUAUAUAAGCAAGCAGCAAAAUGCAAGUAUGGAUUUCGGCAAAGUAUUAUUUGUUCUAAUGGGAGGAUUGGUUGGCCUAUUUUUCUCAUGGUUAUACUCAGAUAAAUUGUCAGCAAUGUCCUAUUUUGUUCCCAAUCCACUAGCCAAGCUGCAGAACACCAAGAAUAUGGAUAGUAUCAAAGACAUGAAUAAUGACAAUAAUCUAAACAAUGAAUACAGCCAGAAAGACACCAAGACUCCACCAUCUAAGAACUUGAAGGCGACUCAGCCAUCCAAAAGAUCUUCUCAAGCAUCUUCUAAUCCACCUAAACCAACACCUCCAAAAUCUGCAUUCAAAGAUUGUCUUGCCGCGGCACUAACCACACCAAUGCAUAACCAAAAAGACCUAUACCAACUAUCUCGCGCUCUGAGAAAAUGUCCAGUAGCUUGGAAUUCCACUGAAAAUAAGUGGACGGAAUUCAUCGAAGCCUUCGAUACAAUUCAAGAACAAACCCACCAACUCACCCAAAACCUGAACGAAAUUGCCCAGCAAUUCAACAGCGAUAUCGCCAUAAUAAAAUCUAUACGCAGCCAACCAAUAACAAGCAGACAAGAAACUAUUAACAGUCUCAAAAACCUCAAAACAUUCGAUGUUAUAGAGAAAGAAGACAAGUUUCACACUCUACAAUUCCGCAGCGAGAUUGUAAAUAUUAUGCUUCCAAUCGAACUAGACCUAACGGCCUGUGGCAGUAUGAUUAAAGAGGCCUACCUACAGCUUUCAACUCCCGAAGCCCAAAAUGUCAUUGACUUACUAUUUGACGAUUUAGCCGGCCAUCCACUGCCCACCUACGACCAUACACUAACUAUAAUACUACAAUUUAUCCACAGGUUUUAUACCCUCCAAAUGAUUGCGCUUAAUACUAUCAAUAGUGCAUAUACCGGCCAAAUCAGUGACUUAACCGACGAGCAAAUACGGGACAUCUAUCAUCUAUUCGAGCUUGCACCACUUGAGUUUUUGAGAGACCUGAACAGCCCAACCGGCCAAAAGGGUAUUGAACUAAUGGACAGACUUACUAAACCCACCGGCCUUGCUAUGUUCUACAAGGUUCGAUUCAAAGGCAAUUUAGUAGAUAUAAAAGACAUUACCGAUCGCUUUAGCAUUUUAAAAGACACCAAUUCAACCAUGACUGAAGAUGAUAUAAAAAUGACCAAAAUUGCAUUACUUUCACUUGAGCAGAUCCCUACCGCUUUGCUAACCGUAACCAACACGCUAGCAUCUAAUCUAGUUGGAUUUUCCAGAAGCACCAAAAUCGCCCAGCACGACAUUCGAACCAAAAACGAGUUAUCAUUACAUGGUUGUAUACAAAUAGCCGGCAGCCCAGCAAUAUACGUCAACUAUGGUUCCGGCUAA